UUCUGUUGCACGUCAUAUCGGGAACACGUGGUUUUUACUUGUGUUUCGAAGACAUAAACUCAAAAAAUUUGCAAAUUAAUUUGAAAGUGAAGUUGUGAAAUAGUGCCAAUGUUUUUAACUUUAUCAGUUGGAUAUUUUCGUGUGUGAUUUCUUUUCUGAUACGUAACCUUACUCGUUGAAAUAUAAACGUCGAUGACAUUAUAGUGCCUACCGUAGUUUUGGGCAUUUUUGUGUUUGAAACAGAAGUCCAAAUGGGUUCAGGGAUGCCUUGACGGAAGAGAACUACUGAAGUUGUGGCAUACAUCGUGUGUAGAAACACUCAGAAAUAUCGACUUUCUCGUCAUAUCUGGUCAUCCGCCACCCCACUACGAUGUCGCACACUGUCCUUUGAAGCAGUCAGCGACCGACCACCAUGGCGCGUGACGUGACACCAUUGUUAGUGGCCGUCGCGUUCUGGUUUAUUGCGCUGGGCGUCGGUUCAGCCAAACGCGUAACACACUUGCGUCACCAACAGCAGCAGGAAGAUCUUGCAUCGACUGAUGACGUGUUCGCAUCUCAGAGACGCGGAGCCAGCGCCGCUGCAGAGUAUCAAACUCAGCGCCGAGGAGGAAAGUUGAAGAAACACCAUAUUCCUGCCCAGCCCUAUGAGAUUCCAAAGGAAAGAAAACCAAACAUCAUACUAAUACUGACAGAUGACCAGGAUGUUGAGCUUGGUUCGCUCAACUUCAUGCCUCGUACUUUGCGACUGUUACGAGAUGGUGGUGCUGAGUUUCGACAUGCGUACGUCACGACGCCGAUGUGCUGCCCGUCGCGCAGCUCCCUACUCACCGGGAUGUAUGUCCACAACCACGAAGUGUUUACCAACAACGAUAAUUGUUCCAGCGCCCACUGGCAAGCAACCCACGAGACACGGUCUUUCGCCACGUACCUUUCUAAUGCUGGCUACAGGACGGGAUAUUUUGGCAAGUACUUGAACAAGUAUAAUGGCAGCUACAUCCCACCCGGGUGGCGGGAAUGGGGAGGUCUUAUCAUGAACUCUCGCUAUUACAACUACUCAAUCAACCUGAAUGGAAAGAAGAUCAAACAUGGCGCCGACUAUCAUAAGGACUACUACCCCGAUCUGAUUGCUAACGACUCCGUGGCCUUCUUGAGACAGUCUAAGCAGUACUUCUCUCGGAAGCCAGUGAUGUUGGUUCUCAGCUUCCCAGCGCCACACGGUCCAGAGGAUUCCGCUCCACAGUUCUCACAUCUGUUUUUUAACGUCACUACGCACCACACUCCAACGUAUGACUAUGCCCCCAAUCCAGACAAGCAGUGGAUCCUGCAAGUAACACAGAGAAUGCAGCCCAUCCACAGACAGUUUACUGAUCUUCUUAUGACCAAGCGGUUGCAGACAUUGCAAAGUGUUGAUGAUGCAGUUGAAAAGAUUUUUCAAGAGCUGAAAGAGCUUGGUGAGCUGGACAACACGUACAUCAUAUACACAUCAGACCAUGGUUACCAUCUUGGUCAGUUUGGCCUUGUCAAAGGCAAAUCAUUUCCCUUUGAGUUUGAUGUCAGAGUCCCAUUUCUUGUUCGAGGCCCAGAAAUUGAACCUGGUACAAUCAUUGAUGACAUUGUUCUGAAUUUGGACCUCGCUCCGACAUUCCUGGACAUUGCAGGAGUUGAGAUCCCUGUUCAUAUGGAUGGCAGGUCAUUUCUUAAACUGCUACAUCGCAAUCCCAAACAUGGUCAAAUGUCAGCAAGAAGAAAGAAAUUUAAAUGGCCUGAUACUUUCCUAAUUGAGAGUAGUGGGAGGCGUGAAACACCUGAGUCAAUUGAAGCCAAGUUACAUUUACUGAAACCUCAGCACCAAGCUAAGCUGAAUAAAAUUGCUGCAGGAUCUGAAAGUGAAGAGAACGGCAAUGGUACUGGCAUUUCCGCCACACUGGGAACAACAUUUGCACCUCUGACAAGCCAAUACCCAAAUUUGUCAAUGGAUGAAAGUGGUCUGAAUGACACAUCUAAUGCGCUGCAUAUUCCUGUUCUUGAUCCAUCUUUGGAAGACAUCCCUCUUUUGUCUCGGCCUGAUUUGCAGCUUGAUAACCAAGUGUUACCAGUAGUUCCAUCUGGAGUUGUGACCAACAAGUUGGAACGCAUUGCCCUUGAAUGUCAAAGUCCUGAAUACCAAGCUCCAUGUAAGCCAGGACAGAAGUGGCAGUGUAUCACAGAAGGAAGCAGGUGGCGCAAACAUAAAUGUAAGUUCCAGGGCACAAUUUACCCACGAGGAGGAAGUAAUGGAAGAAAAAAAUGUGCUUGCUUCACUCCUUCUGGUUUCUUUUACACAAGACUCGAACCAAAUGAAAGAAGAAUGCAACGGCAAUUUCUUAGGGGGCAUGUAAACAAGGACAUUAAAGACUACCGUCCGAAGUUCCUUCGAACGGUUCAGGCAAAACCAUCUACAGCAGACUUCAAUUUAACAGACUUUCUGAGGCAGGCUUCAAGUACUGUGGACUCAGCAACAAUGGCAGACCUAAUUGAUCGCUAUAACAGUGAACAAGUACGUAAGGCAAACAGGAGGGGAAAACGUGACACACUGGAACAUGUCACUGACUCCAUAAUGAAAGACAUUCAAAAGGACAUUGAGAAGGAACUGCAUGGUUUACAGGUCUCUCAAGCUGCUGAAGAUUCUAACUCUAACAUCUCCAGUGCAGAGAACAUGAUUCAGCUUGCAGGCUGUUUAGUGACACCAACUCGUAAUGUAAAUUGUAGUGCUGCAGUGUAUAAAGAUCUACCAACAUGGAGAACCUCUAAGAACAAUAUUGAUGGAGCAAUCCGCAAGCUUCUGGCUCAAGUAGAAGCACUAAAGGAAAUUAGGCGCCAUCUUCGUCAGAAACGGCCACUAGAUACUACUUCAUAUGAUGCUAGUCUUGAAGAUGCAGAUGAAGAUGGUAAUGAUGGAACAGAAGAAUUAUUAGAAGAAGAAAAAGAAGAAGAGAAAGAGGAAGAAGUAGAUGUAGAUGACAAAGAAGGAAUAGAAAAUUCUAAUAUAACAAACAUUAGAAAAGUACAACACAAUCAGGAAAUAGGUGUGGAAACAGUAACAGAAACCAAAAAUAUUGAAGAAGAAAUGAGACACUUUGAAAACCAGACAAAACACUCGCAAGAUCAACACAAUAGAAAUGAUCAUAAGGGAAAUCAUCAUAGAGGAAAGAAGAAAGCCAAAGAACAUGCAACAGUCACUGUAUCAACAGAAGAAAAUGUCACACAAAACACACCAGGUGAGAAGAAGUUUGAUGAAACACUGUUUGAUGAAUAUGACACUGAAGGUUCUCAGGUUAGUACAUUAGUAACCACUGAACAUUCAAGAUUUCACCAUCGGCACCAUCACUUCUCUCCAACUUCUAGACCUGACAUCAGCCAUCCUACAAAUCUGACGACUGAUCAAUCAGUAAAUGUGGACUCUGCCAUUGAAGUUACUUUGGGAUAUCUGGAUUUAAACAUCCAUGAAGGGCCUACAACAGAAAGCUCUGUUAUGCUGAAUCUUACAUCAAAGCCAAUUUCACAACAUAGAGUUAAAUUACCAAAACCAACUGCAAACAAUGAAAACAAGCUUGGUGGUUUAGGUCCCAGUCGUAUUGAUGUAACAGUAUAUCAUCCUCAGAGGCCUGGGUAUGGAAUCCAGAAUGUAAACAAUAUCAAUAGCAGCACCAGUAGCGGUAAUAGCAACAAGCAGAUCUUUCUUCCUGAAGGUCAAGGCCAGCACACUUGUUACUGUGAACCUGAUAUUCUGUCAAGGCAUGAGGAAAAGGAAAUUGCAAAAGAAGCCCGUCGAAGAAUUAAAGAAGAAAGACUGAAGAAGAAGGAACGGAAGCUCAAGAAAAAAGCAAAAUUAGAGAAAGAAUGUCUGGCAGAAAAAAUGAAUUGUUUUAAUCAUGAUAAUGAUCACUGGAAGACAGCACCUUUGUGGACAGAGGGUCCCUUCUGCUUUUGUAUGAAUGCUAACAACAACACAUACUCAUGUCUCAGGACCAUCAAUGCAACUCAUAACUUCCUCUACUGUGAGUUUGUCACAGGUCUCGUCACAUUUUAUAAUCUCCGAAUUGAUCCAUUUGAGCAAUGGAACCGUGUGCAUGCACUGACAGAUGGAGAACGUUCAUAUCUGCGAGAUCAGUUGGCACAAUUGAAAGCCUGUCGUGGCACCAAGCAGUGUACCGUGGGGAUUGCAGCUUCAUCUGCUGACCAGAUACACAUAAAUUCAAACACUGCACCCAUCUCCAACAUGGAAAACACUGCCUCAAUAAGUAGUGUUGGUGGCAUCCGCUACAAAAAGCGGAAAUAUUCCUCUUCAAAUGCAGGCCUCUACAGUCCUUCCUCAGCCAUGCAUCUAGUGAGCCAAUCACACCUUUUGCCACCAACAAACAAAAAACGGAAGAAACUGCCAAAAUAUUAUUUAUUUCCUUACAGACCUUGGAGGAGGCGUAAAGCAUGGCCAAAUCAGUGGCGUCAACGUAGACGACGCUUCCGACAGUACUUCCAGCAGCAGUACCAGCAGCAGUAGUAGACACUUUAGCAGUCGUGGCAGCUAUAAUCUCAAUAUUGUUAGUAACAGUAGAGCAUCACACAGCACACCCAGACAUACCAUCUGACUGCUGUCGGUGUGAAAACAAGUUACUGGAAGCUAUUAAUCAACCUUGUUUCAGGAUUAACUGUAGCUUAUGACAUCAGUACCUUACACUAAGCAGAGGUCUUCUUAAAAUGCAUUAGAAACCCUAUUUACAUUUGUGGUCACCAUGAAGUCUGAUAUUUUUAGAGGCACAGCAAAGCUUUUCAAGUGGAAUUUGUUAUGAUCAUAUUAUCCCUACUGAAAACAUAGACUGAAACAAAGCAUAAUGUUGCUCCCAAAGCUUCGACUGCAUAAUGUGUAUUACUUUAAUGAUGGACUGUCAGUCGUAAUCAUUUUAUUAUAACAACCAAUCUGGAUGUAAAUGUAUUUUCAGUAUUGUAAUACUUUCCAGUACACAAUAAUGUAACAGAGACGAUAUCUCAUGUCGGAGAUGUAAAGAUCAUGUACAUCUCCGUGUUACAUUUGUGCUGCUGAGAGAAAAAGUGGUGUAAGCCAGUAACCUGCAGUUUUUUGUUGCAGAAGUGUUUGUGUAAACCGUCUUAAGAAGUUGUUACUUUGUUUGUAUUACUUCUUUAGCUGUCAAAAGUAACUGAUGAAUAUGUUAUUUUAGAAACAUUUCACUUCUUUUUGGUUUUAUGACAGGUCUUCUUGAUUUACAGUUGCUUUAGAAUUAGUAUUAUUUUUGACAUCUUGGUCACUUCUCACGAGACUUGGUUUUCAUCCCAUAUUUUACAUGUCUAUGCAAGAUUAUAGCAGAAUGAAUGUCUUUCAUGAAAUGUCAUUGAUGUGGUUACAGCACCUUCAUUCAUGCCUGUUUUUACUUUCCUUGCCUUUCUGAGUUGAAGUUCAUCUUCAAAUUUCACCUUGCCUCCUUGGCACCUUCCUCAUCUGAAUACAUUUUUAACUUCAAUGAGUCACAUAUUUGGUAAUAUUUUAUUGAGAAAUGAAAGUGGAGGUUUUAUUUUGGAAAUACUUUCUGUAAAUUGGUUCAUUUACUGGAAUCAUGUUCUUUGCAUUUUUCCAAGUAAAGAAUGUACAUUUUCUUUAAAUUCAAGUUAUGGUCUCGAUACUUAUUGUUAGGGUUAUAGUAACUCUGUUAUGUGGUAAGCCAAUAACAUGGCCUCAGUCUUCAGAUACUUUGAGGAGGUUUAUUAUAACUGCACUGUUUACCUAAUUUUUUCCUCCCAAGAAAUCUGGCCUUAUGGUCCUUAAAAAGUUCUUGUUAAUCUAACAUGAUGUACAGAAUAAUUUCACAAAAUACUUUCUGCAAACUAGUAUGCUCUCACUGCCUGUGUUUAAGUUAUUGCUUCUUAUUUAUGAGGCAUUUGUUGCUUUGCUCCUGUAUGCUUCAAAAGACCAGACAGGUGAUUGUUUUCUAUGAAAAAUCUGCCAUUUUUUAAAAUGAAUAAAAUAUUUAUUAUGAGACAUAUCUGGAAUCCCUAGUAAUUGCUUUGGAGUGAUAGAAGGAAAGAUCCCCUGUACAGUAAAACCUUCUAAAGCACAUAUAUCACCUGUCAGUAACUCUGCAUUUUGGCCACAGAUUGUAUUUGUUGGUUUUGUAUGAUUUUCAGGAUAAUCAGUGAUUAUUUCUGUAAACAGCAUGUGACCAGUUGAUUUUUGUAAUGGAGAUGCAUUGUGUUUGCUCUGAGGUAGGAAUUACGGUUUUAAAUAUUAUUAAGAUGAGAUUCACGCUUCUAAGUGUUAACUCAUUCUGCCUUUGAAAUUCAACUACACCACUUUUUACUUUCAACAGUCUGGGAGAAAUGUACUUCAGGAAUGUGAAAAAGUUUAGAGAUAGAGAAAUAAUAUUAGAAAACUAGCUGCUUACACAAGGUGCAGGAUGUGUACCAGUUAUGUUUAUAAAAUUGAUAAAAAUGUACUCCUGUGAAGUUCUAGAUUCCUUCAUUUUUAUCUGUUGGGUGUAAGUGUAGAAGAGUCAUCAUGGACAGUGUAGUAAGGUCAGUGCUUUAUCACACUGCUCCUCAAGUAUCAAAAUAGUUGUUAUGUAGUUGUAUACAUAGCACAUUGAUGUUUCAUUAGUUUCCCUCUUCCUUCCUCUGAAAAAUGUUUCUGAUGUCUCCUACAAUUUACAAAUUUAUACCUCCAAAAGUAACUUACUACUCAAAACUUAACUUAUGACAAUGUUUGUUCUGAUUUCCCAUAAUUUGUAUUGUUUAACUUAUUUAAGUUCUGCUUUUCAUUAGGCUAUCAAUCAGUGUUUUAAUGAACAAAUAGUAUCUAAUGUGUUGCGUGCACAGUAAUCACCCAAACACUAGAAAAAUGUUGGGUCAGGGUGUUUACUAAUAGCAUGGAAUAGUGGACAUAACUACAUAACUGUCAACACUAAAUUUGAAAUCUUGAACAAUUACCACAGAAAAUACACAUGCCAUGAUCACAGAAUUUUUACUGAAUAAGAAUAGGUUAUUUAAAAUAUGUAUGCUAUAGGUGUCUGGCAGAAUUUAUAUAGUUAAACAUCUGAUGUGUUUCCAGAUCACAGUAGGCUAAACAAGAGGAUGCUUUAUCCCUACUGCUUCUUAAUUCUGCUCUAAAAUAUGCCACCAGGAGAGUACAAGUGAAUCAGGAAGGUCUGGAUUUGAUGUCCUCAAUCAGGUACUUGUUUGUGCACAUAAUGUUAAUAUGUCAGGAAAGAACAUAAAUACUGUAAAGAAUAACACAGAAAUUCUCCUGCAGGUCAGAAAGAAAAAGCAGUCUAACAUUAAAUGCAGAUAAAACUAAAUUUAUGAAUGUUCCAUAAAACCAAAAUCCACAACAAGUUUUUAAUAUUAUUAGCUACUUGAAUGAUAUUUUAUCCAUACUGUGAAAUGUACCUGAGAAACUUCAGUAAGGAUCCUUCUGUCUUGGCAUGUGAAUCCUAGCUUUGAUACUUAUAAACACCUUAUAAUCUAAUCUAUAUAAUACAUAUCUAAUGAUAACUUCUGAUUGAAGAUGCAGUUGGAAUUGUAAUGACACCUCUUUAUGGAAAUACUCAAUCACUUAAAAUCAUCUAUGCAAUUCAUUCACACAUCUUUCAUACAAAGUCAAUUUACCAAGUUUUUAUGCUGACACACUAUAUGAAAUUAGAGGUAGGAUAUAUGAUAUGUCAAGAUCAGAUCCAAACCAAACUGGCAUUUUGAAAUUCACAUAUUAAGACAAUCUGUUUUUGCAGAUGCCAGUCACUGGAAACUUUCUUUUUAGUUCAUAUAUUUACCAAUUAGGUAUGAAUAUAUCAUCCCAAUCCAAACAAGUUGACUCUCAAAAUUUAAAUUAGGUUUUUAAGAUGUAAACUUUAGGAACAACAUCAUAUGUAUGAGAGUAUUCAUUAUCCAUAAAAGGUUAAGUUAUUCCUAAAUGAAGUCCAAGCCAAAAAGGGACAAUAGUGACAAUUUAAUGUUCAUUUAAGCAAAAUAAAUUGUACUGUAAAAAAUAAUUACUUAAUUUUCUAUCAUCAGAAUUAAUUUUGAAUUUGACGAUUAUUUUACUGAAAUAAACAUGAUAUUUAUGACUUCUAAAUCAUGACAUAUAUUGAACAGAUUUUAGUAAUUCCUAACCUACUUUCACCAAAUUUAAAGCUCUCAUAAAAAGCAAGUACGUACUACUUUCCUAAUUUCAUUGUAUAAUUAAGUUCCAAGUUACUGUUUUUCAUUGAUAUCAGAAUCACAGUUAUGUGAUGUGUCAAAAACACUCCAUUCUUUUAGUUUUCACAUUCCAUGCUUGGGCUCUUGACUCAUACCCUGUGUAGGCUUCACUGUCAGAAAUAUGCAAGUUCAGAUAGAAAAAUGAAGGAUAUUAUCAUCAGUUGAACAUGCAAUGUGGAUGGGGUAAUGGCAUAGAAAAUAGGGAAAGUCUCUAGGCAAAAGAUUGUUUAGACAACAAACAGUGAAGUGGAAUGGAGGAGGAUACUCUUAUAACAGAUCUUAGGGAAAUUGGUUGUGAGGAUGUGAACUCAAUGCAGCUGGCUCCAAGUCAUGUCCUGUAGUGGGCUUUGAUACUAAUAGUGUUGUAUGUUUGAGAAAGCAAGGUAUGUACUCAGUUUUGUGAUGCAAUACUUGACUCCUUUCUCAGUGACAAAUAAUUGUCAUGUAGAAUUUACCUUCUUUUGUUGACAUCCAUGCCAUAUUCUUGAUGAGUCCAAGUCAUAAAUUCUUGAAUUACUGUUACAGCCAAAGUUUAAGAUAAAUAUCAAUCUCCAUUUUUUUCACAUUUUUCUAAUCUGUAUUGUGCAUUUGUAUUUGUAGUUUAUUUACUGAUGUUAUCAAAAGCUCAGACUAUAUUACAGAAUGUCAUCCAACAUUGAGAUUUAUUAUUAUAUAUGAUAUUUAACAGGCAAAAUAUAACAGCUGUUUAUAUACUUAUUAUUUGGCAACUGCUCUGACUUCUCUGCUUAUAUUUAUUAUAAAUUAAAAUAAAUGAAUGAUAAAGAGCACAUAUUCAGAAGUAUAAAAGUAUUUGUGAGUGUGUUGAAUGUUAUACAGCAAAAUGAAUGGCAUAAUCCCAUAAUCCAGUUAAGUGACAGAAAAAUUAAUUUCAAUAUUAAUAGUUUUUAUUAGUUGCACAGGACAGGGUCAUAUCUUAGACAAUAUUAUGAAGAAAUGUCAACGUUUCAUACACAUACAGUUCCAGUUAUAACCACAGUCACAUCUCUAUGUUCAAUGUAACUGUAAUUUAAGACUUAUUCUUUAGCAUGUAAGUUUUUAUGCUUCCAGAGAUAUUGUAUAUUUAUCAUUACAACUUUUUAGUAGAUUACAUAUAAGCACUAUGGCUGUUUGAUAAACUCUGAAACUUUCUUGCAAUACUUUUCUUCCAUCAGGCAGUCCUACAUCACCGCCAACCUUGGAGCAACAUUCUUUGCAGCGAUAGUGUUAAAUCAUAACAUAAUAAUUGCAUAACUUUACUUCAUGAGGUUAUGCCUUCAUAACCUAUUGUGUCCUAAUAAUCAGUCUGGUUCCUUGGCAUAAUGAAAGCCAAAAGAACUUCUAUGUGACCCUAAUUUUUUUUUCAGGUAGUCUUACCUUAUUGACCAUUAUGUAUGUUUACAAGACCUGAUAGCAUGCCUUUUAACUCUUUGCCAUGCCAUUUAAUUUUACUGUAUCCUGACAGUAUCAGAUCAGUUCAUUCAAAUUCCCUUCCUGGCAUUAUAAAUAUUAAUAUAUAUAAAAUUGUAGCUGACAGAUUAGACGUAACGUCCCCAACUGAAAGACAUUAAUGUAUCUAGGAUAAUAUUAAAUAAUUCUUAGAAAAACAGGUUGUCAGGGGAUGGAUCAUACUCAGCUUGCUCAUGGUAGGGUUGAAUGGCCAGAUUCUGUGAACUUCAUAACAAGUCUUAAGGUUCUAUAAAAGUUGACGGUUUCUUGACUACCUGUGUGACUAUCAACCUUUCAAGCAAGAUCUCAUAUGUAGUGAGUUUGUUUCUUACGGUAUGUUUUAGUACAUGAAAUACAACUGGGGACAUUUAAUUAUAAUAUAGUGAUGCAAAUUUGGCAGCUGUUUAUGCAAGCAGGCUCUCCUUACAUAAAAAUUACUCAGAAGUCUGAGCUCCGUUAUGAAUUAAGUGAAAAUCUAGUCCUGUGUUAUGCUAAUGCUGGGCAUACAAAAUUGAAAGGAAGAAAGAAAAACUGUCUAGUAAUGCACUGUAAUAACAAUGUACCAGAGACACCCAAGUGCAGAUAAAAAUGUGAUAUCCAAUCCUAUUUCAUACCAUUAUAUGUUCUUGAACCAACUUCUUAUUACUGCUCUGGCCCUGAAUUUCCUAUUUUUGUACACUUUUUUGCCUAUUUCUUUGUUGAAUGCAAACUAAGGUGGACAAAUUCAGUAACAUUUGAGGAGCCAGUUACAGAGUUAUCAGAACUUGCUACACUUAUAAGGCACUGCACACAUUUCUGUUCCCAUUUUGAUGGUGAAUUCAUGGUACUUGCCUGAAGUAGUGGUCUGUACUCCCAGAUGGCAGCCAAAGAGUAUCAAGUGCAUUUGAACUGCACAUUACAUACAGAAUCAUUAGAUAAAUAAUCUAUAUUGAGAGCUAAGUUACUGCACAAAGUUAUGCACUAUAAAAACAUUCCAAACUUUGUUUUUGGGUAUUAAUGAGUUUUAUUCAUACAUAGAACUGAAUUUUAUACAUAUAUAUUUCAACAUCUCCCAUGUCUGUUAAAAGCCAAAUUUGAGAAACAUAUUUAAAAAAAAUAGUGUUGUAUUCUACCAUGUGCACUUGAUAUUUUAGGUACCAGCAUUAUAUUUUAUGGGGAAAGAGGUCACUGGGAAUUUUCCAGCCCUGAUGAAAAUGUUCAUAAACCUGUAAAGACAAUUUAUGUGAAAAAAUGUGAUUAGACUCUGAAUAUUGUAAGUCUGCCUAUUGUAGGGAGUAUUUGUGUUGUACCUACCAGUUCAUCUUGUUUACAUAUCUACUUGGACAAAUUCACAUAUCUGCAUUGAGGAUGUACUAUUCUUUCAACAAAUACAUGGCAGUUUUGUAAAGUA